AUGGCUGGUGAGGACAAUGAUGUUAUGGUAAAGGUGUUUGAGCUGGCACAGCGCAACUUCAAGGAGAAGAAAUACCAGGACUGCUUGACGUUACUGUCGAGGGCCAUUGGUUAUGCCUUGUCGAUGGAUCAGCGGUCCAUCAUGAAGCUGAGGAAGUCGUACGGGUUAACAGAAAGACCCUCCUACGCUGGUCGAACCGCCAAGCUGUAUCAUCCUAAGCUGGUUGCCAUGCUGGACUCGAGGGCUGCGACGUAUGAGAAGCUUAAGAAGCUCAACGAUGCUCUGAAAGAUGGCGAACAGAUUGUGAGAGUGGAGCCCUUCAAUGCCAGAGGCUAUAUCCGCUCAGGAAAGUUAUUACAGGCUUUAGGACACUGGCAACAAGCAUCUGAUGUGUACGACAGAGGUAUCAGUAUGCUAUUGAUGGGAAGGGAUACGUUUAAGUUGAAGCUGAACGAGCAGAUGUUCAAGAUUAUGAAAGAACAGAGGUCUAUCGUUAGAUCAAAACUGAAAGAUAUCGCAAAGCGCAAAAAUGGCAGAUUGGUUCCAAUUCCUCCGUUAGAAGAGGGCAAGAGCAAAAGGGUAAAAACUUCAUCUACAAAGUGUUUAGAUCCGUUGAAUUUCUUGCCGGUAGAAUUGAUGCACCGUAUCCUAUCAAUGCUACCCUUGAGGUUGGCUCUGAGAUGCCGGUUGAUCUCGAAGAGGUGGGAUGAACUGAUUCCAGCUUUACCCUUGUAUAACGAUAUAAGGCUUGCAUCACUUUUGUCAUUUAAAGAUGUUGCAAACUGCUUCAAGUUGGUUCAUAGAUCCAAAGAGCAUACGAUGGUCAAGUCUGUGAAACGACUCGUUCUACCGUCUGUGAGUAUAGCAGAUGAAUCAAGAAUUGUAUCGUUUAUCUUGAAACAGGGGCUGGAGAUAACUGGGACUUUGGAUAUGACUCUCAUGGAUAUCACGAUGCAACAACUUGUGGAUAUGUUAAGAGAGAAUGACUCAGCUGUCAAAACGCUGAAACGUUUGAAGUUGACCUGUAUAUUUGUACCGAAAUAUGAAGAACAGCUGCCAUUUCUUUUCCCCCGAUUGGAAUAUCUAUCCAUCACACCAACACCAACCAGGAGAGUCAUGGCAUUACCCAAGAACUAUAUAUCACCUCUAGCAAGUUUUCCAAAUCUGAAAGCGUUACACAUCAUUGGUGAUCUGAGGAAAAAGUAUCCUUCUCUACCCUUUGAAUGUAUCUUCAAGCAGUCCAAUUCUCAAAUGUUCCCCAACUUACAAGAUUUGAUAAUUGUUGGUUAUGAUUUCUCUCAUGUGAACAGCAACAAUGGAACGUUCAACUUUCUGGAAAACUUUACUAAACUACGAACCCUGGUAUUGGAGAACAACAAGACUUUCACUUUCAGGACUUUACUCAAGAGACAUGAUUUCUUGCAAUUACCAAUGCUGACGAAAUUUGUAUUCCGUGAGCCUGAAACUAGACAGGCUGAAGGUUUACAACUCUACGUUGAUGAUUACCUUUUCAAUGUAUUUGGUCGCUUACAGGUUCUUGAUCUCACCGGAAGCUCAAUCUCUUAUUCUGGGUUGAUCAAACUGUUGAGAAAAUCAAGAAUUGUCGGUACAGAGUACUUCAACUUUGAACAGGUUAGUGCACUAUGUCCAAAUCUUGAAUCUUUGUAUAUGAACCAAUCUAUUGGCCUAUCAGAUUCAGCUCUUGAUGACUUCAUCAAAACCAUAAGGAUAAACAACAGUUUCCCCAGGUUGAGACUUCUCGAUCUUUCCUUCAACAAUGAAUUAAAUGGGUACAAACUUUUAGAAUUUCUCAAAGAGAGAAAGAUGCCAAUACUUGUGCUCCAUGGUGCUCAGCAGAAUGGAUAG